AUGGCGACAGGCGGCGGCUCCCAGGGGCCGGAGUUCGAGGUUCACGUGCUGGGGCACCCCAAGGGCGGCCCCGAGGGCCACGAGGGCCAGCUGGGCGCAUGCCCCUUCUCCCACCGCGUGCUGCUGCUGCUGGAGGAGCGGGAGCUGCCCUACACGGUCGACUUUGUGGAUGUGGCGCGCAAGCCAGACUGGGUGACGGAGACCAACCCUGAGGGUACCCUGCCGAUCCUCAGGGACUGUGCCAGCGGGCAGCUGCUGCACGACUCAGACGCCAUCUCGGAUUUUCUGGAGGACAAGUACGGCGGCGGUGACGGCAAGCGCUCGCUGCGCAAGCUGGGCGACUGUCCGCAGCCGGCGCCGCAGCUGUGGCCCAAGUUCCUGGCCUACCUGGGCGCCGAGGCCGGCAGCCAGGAGGAGGCGGCGGCGCGGCGGGAGCUGGAGGAACAGCUGCAGGCGAGCCCCGCCUUGCUGCCGUGA